AUGGCGGGAUCAGGAGAUGCCUUUGGUCACGUGAACAACACGGUCUACUACGCUUACAUUGACACCGCCAUCCUCAAUUACACGCUGUCUCGGGGCAUCACGCUCAGCGGGCCUCGGCCCUACAUAGUGAGGUCAAGCUGCGACUUUUACGCCCCAAUAACCUUCCCCGCCACCUUGGAGGCUGGGGUUGCCUGCUGGCGUGUGGGCCAAACCUCUGUCACCUGGCGCGUGGGGCUCUGGAGGGAAGAGCAGCUGUGCGCCCAGGGCGACAUGGUCUCCGUGUUCGUUGACCCUGAGACUGAGCGCCCUGUGCCGCUGCCCCUCGUAGUUCGAGAGGCUGCGGAGGCUGCCUCGAAAGUCCAACAGCUGCAGCAGGAGCUGCCAGAGGCGGUGUCGAAGGUGGCCCGGAUCAAAGAGCAGCUGCAGUCGGAGCUGGGCGAAGCCGUGGCCAAGGCCCGCGCUGUGGCCGAGGAGCUGGCCCGGGAGCUUUUGCAGGAGCGGCAGCGCCGUGAGGCAAUGCAGGAGCGUCCAGCGCAGGAUGCCAACAUGGCGAAGCAGCUCGAGGAGCUGCAGGAGAAGCUGGUGAACGACCUCAUGGCCAGCGAGGCCCGGCUGCGGAAGGAGGAGUCCUCCAUUCGGCAGUUCACGUCCGACCAGGCGGCGCAGCUCUGGGUCUCCGUGGAAGAUCUGCAGGCGGCCGUGCAGAAGCUGACGGGGAGCUCACCAUCGCAACCGAAGGUUGGCCGGGAGUUGAGCGUUGAGGAGGUGAAGCAGUUCGAGACGGUGCGCGUCACGCCGCCCGCAGCCUAG